AUUUUGUUUAUUUAUUUUCUAAAAAGAAAGCAUUAUUAAUUUAUCAAACAAACAAAACAAAGUUGAUUUUAAUCGCAUAAUGAAGACAAAAAUAAAGUGUCCAUGAUAUAUUUCAAGCAUAGGUUGCAGUUUAUGUGAAAGAACUGUAUCCGUUUUAUCAUUGUGAAAAUAACUAAUAAUGUUUAGUGUUCUCGUUUAACUGCGACCCAUUUAUAAAAGUUUAUUUUGAGAAUUCUUCCUGUUUCUAUUCUGAUGAACUAGUUUGAAAUAGCUAGCCUACAUAUGUAGGAUACCCGUGAAUUAAACGAAGUACAAAAUAUUUCCUAGUGCCAAAUCAUUUAUAAAUCCAUUUUCAAUAAUUACAAUGAAUACGGAGCAAUUACGGAAUCCCAAUGAAUUAGACAUCAGCCUUAAAAUGGAAUUUGGUCCGUUUGAAACAGUACACAGAUGGAAAAGGUUAUCUGAGUGUUAUGAGUUUGUUGGAGCAAGACGAAGCAAGCAUACUGCAGUAGCUUAUAAAGAUGCCAUCUAUGUUUUUGGUGGUGACAAUGGUAAAUCUAUGUUGAAUGAUCUCAUUCGAUUUGACAUAAAAGAGUUGUCAUGGACCAAGAUGGGCUGUAUGGGCAUACCACCAGCUCCACGGUACCACCACUCUGCUGUGGUAUACAAAACUUCCAUGUUUGUUUUUGGUGGGUACACAGGAGAUAUCCUAGCCAACUCAAACCUCACCAAUAAAAAUGACUUGUUUGAAUUCAAGUUUCCAAGUGCUCAAUGGGUACAAUGGAAGUUCGCUGGACAAGAGCCAGUCCCUAGGUCAGCACAUGGUGCUGCUGUGUAUGACGACAAGUUGUGGAUCUUCGCAGGUUACGAUGGCAAUGCACGUCUGAACGAUAUGUGGACAGCAAACUUGUUGGGUGAAACUCAUCAAUGGGAGAAGGUAGAACAGAAAGGUCAGUGCCCGCCAACAUGUUGCAACUUCCCUGUGGCUGUGUCACGAGGCAAGAUGUUCGUCUUCAGUGGACAGAGUGGUGCUAAGAUCACUAAUGCUCUAUUCCAAUUCGAUUUUGCAACUCGCACUUGGACCCGCGUGUGCAUGGAGCACUUGCUACGUUGCGCGGGUCCGGCGCCGGCGCGGCGAUACGGGCACGUGAUGGUGGCGCACGGGCGACAUCUGUACGUGUACGGCGGCGCCGCGGACAAUACGCUGCCCAGCGACGUCUACUGCUACGACCUGGACACGCAAGUGUGGUCUGUAAUACACCCAUCGCCAGACUCGCAUGUGCCAUCGGGGCGGUUGUUUCACGCGGGCGCUGUGGUAGAGGACGGUAUGUUCAUAUUUGGCGGUACUGUCGACAACAACGUGCGCAGCGGCGAUCUUUUCCGGUUCCAAAUGUCGAACUACCCCCGGUGCACACUUCACGAAGACUUCGGGCGAAUAUUAAAGUCUCAACAGUUCUGCGACGUAACCCUACUAGUUGGUCCCGACGAGAUAUCGUUCUUGGCUCAUCAGGCUAUACUUGCGGCGCGAUCGAAAUUCCUAUUUGAUAAAAUCACAGAAGCUCGCGAUGAGUUAAGCAAGCGUAUAGCAUCAGGAGAGGAGUCAGCAUUAGUAGAACUGUACUCGUACAAGUCCAAGCCGGAACUGACAAUUAGAUUGCCGGAAGCAACACCUGAAGCCUUCAGUAUGGUACUCAACUAUAUAUACACCGACAGGAUCGAUCCUACUGAAAAAGACGAGGACCCCGCGUCGCCCGCGAGCAUACUGCUGGUGAUGGAGGUGUUGCGGCUCGCGCUGCGGCUGAGCAUCCCGCGGCUGCGCGGGCUGUGCGCGCGCUACCUGCGCGCCAACCUGUGCUACAGCAACGUGCUGCCCGCGCUGCACGCCGCCCACCACGCCGACCUCAAGUGCAUCAAGGAGUUCUGUCUCAAAUUCGUAGUGAAAGAUUAUAAUUUCACGCCUAUCGUGAUGUCUAAGGAGUUCGAACAGAUGGAACAGAGUUUGAUGGUGGAAGUGAUUCGUCUGAGACAAACUCCUCCUAACAAGCAACCCGCUGCUACAGAGUGCGACGAGAAUAUCAUGGGGCUGGGCACGACGCUGGAGCAGGACCUGUGCGCGCUGCUGGGCGGCGUGGGUGUGGGGGGCGCGGCGCUGGCGGACGUGACGCUGCGCGUGGGGGCCGCGCGCCGCCCCGCGCACCGCUCCGUGCUGGCCGCGCGCGCCGCCUACUUCGAGGCGAUGUUCCGCUCGUUCUCGCCGCAGGACAACAUGGUCAACAUUCAGAUAUGCGAUACGGUGCCAUCGGAGGCAGCGUUCGAUUCCUUGCUUCGAUAUAUCUAUUAUGGCGAUACAAACAUGCCCACUGAAGACUCUCUAUAUUUAUUCCAAGCGCCUAUUUACUAUGGUUUCACGAAUAACAGGCUGCAAGUGUUCUGCAAACACAAUCUCCAAAGCAACGUAUCUCCAGAGAACGUACUCGCUAUAUUACAAGCAGCUGAUCGCAUGAGAGCUGCAGACAUCAAGGAGUACGCGCUGAAGAUGAUCGUGCAUCACUUCGGAGUGGUCGCUCGCCAAGAUGCCAUCAAGAAUCUCGCUCAGCCACUUCUAGUGGAUAUAAUCUGGGCACUCGCAGAAGAACCCCACUUCGACACCCCCCUCCCUCAACAGCAUACCAAACCCCUCCCUACGUCAUCCUCCGCUGACGCCCUCACGGAUGACCCAGAAAACAAACACAAGUCUGGCAAGUCCCAUCAGUAAUUAAUGGAAAUUCCUAGCCUCAAGUGGAUUUGACAAAUUAAAUAAAUACCAGUGAAGAAAGAGGUGUAUGUUCCUACAAUUUGUAUUCUGAGUUAUUUAUCUGGUGUAAAUCUUAAUCCUGUUUAAAAAAUUAC